AUGCCGUCUUCCCCACCUCCGCCGACUCCAAGGGGGGCCAGCUCGCCCUCUCCUCCUCACCCGCACCACCUCGCCGAGCAGCUACCGUCAGCAUCAUUCCAAGCACCCUCAGAGCACACGACCGCGACCAUCGAGCCGUCCGAGGCGACCGAGAAGGGCGAGCUGAGCGUGGGCGGGCGCACGAGCGAGGAGGCCGCGCACUCGCCGCGGGACGCAGAGAAGGCGGCGCCAGUGCUGGAUGACUAUCCUGAUGGGGGACUGAGGGCAUGGAGCGUCGUCGGCGGCGCAUGGUGCAUCAGCUUCACGUCCUGGGGCUUCACGAACGCGUACGGCGUCUUCCAGACGUACUACCAAGCCAACCAGCUGUCCGAGUACAGCCAUUCCGACAUCUCGUGGAUCGGCUCUCUCCAACUCGCGCUCGUCCUCGCCUGCGCCAUCCUCGUCGGCAAGGCGUUCGACGCGGGCUACGUCACCUGGCUUCUAGCCGGUGCCGCAUGCUGCUGGACCGCAGGGCUUUUCGGCUUCUCCGAGGCGACGCAGUACUACCAGAUCUUCCUCGGGCAAGGCGUCGCGUGCGGCCUCGGCGCCGGCAUGGCCUUCAUCCCGGCGGCGUCGUCCGUCUCGCACUGGUUCAAGAAGCGCAGGGCGACGGCGCUCGGCAUCCUCGCGACCGGCAGCUCUUUCGGAGGGAUAGUGUACCCUGUGUUGCUCAACCAGCUCUUCCCGCGCAUCGGGUUCGGCUGGACCGUGCGAGUCGCGGCCUUCCUCACCCUGGCCAUGCUCGUCACGGCCAUCCUCACGGUCCGCUCGCGACUACCGCCCCGCAAGGUCGAGAAGAUCUUCGACUUUAGCCCUCUGCGCGAGAAGGCGUUCCUCCUCGUCACCAUCGGCGAGACCAUCAUCAUGCUGUGCGUCGCGCUCCUUCCCUGUCCUUUCUCUCGACUUUAUGCGCUCAAAUACGGCGUCAGCAGCAACCUUGCCCUGUAUUCGCUCUCGAUCCUCAACGCCGCGUCCAUCUUUGGCCGCAUCAUCCCCAACUGGCUCGCCGACACGUACGGCCCGCUCACGGUCCUCGUCCCGCACUGUUUCAUGUCGGGCGUCCUCAUCUUUCUCUUCCUACCCAUGUGCAAGUCGGCAGGAGGCCUCGUCGCCUUCACGAUCCUGUUCGGCUUCGCCUCGGGCGCCUACGUCUCGAUGAUGCCGGCGCUCGUCGCGAGCCUCACGAAGGACAUGCGCGAAGUUGGACAUAGGACUGCGACAAUGUUCCUAAUCAUCUCGGUCGCCGCCCUCGUCGGCACGCCCAUCACGGGCGCCAUCAUUUCGAGGAGCGACGGGUCGUACGUCGCGGCCAUGUGCGUCGCAGGGAGCCUGACGCUCGUCGGCUCUUGCUUCAACGCGGCGGCGUGGUGGGUCGUCAGUCGGGAGAAGGGGCGGUUCUGGGUGUAG